AAAUUUCCAUAUUUUUUUCCAUAUUUGAAAGUUGUACUGCGGACAACCAGGUCACCGGAUCUUCCAGUGCCCCGAAAAGCCUGCCACCUCCCAGCGCUGAUUGAUUCCGGAGCUGCAGUAAAUCUGAUUGACCGCAAUCUAGUACGAGACCUCGGACACCAUCCCAUGUAUCCCACCACUAAGAGUCACCGCCAUUGACGAUCAAUCUAUUGGGAAGGGCCUACUAACUCAUCACACAUCUGUCAUAGAAGUUCAGAUUGGAUUAUUUCAUUGAGAAAAACUAAGCAUCUUCAUCAUUACCUCCCCAUCUAACCCUGUCAUCCUAGGCCUUCCCUGGCUCCAACUUCCUAACCCGGAUAUCUCGUGGAAGGAUGGAGAACUAAGAAAGUGGUCUCCCUUUUGCACUGAGAACUGUUUUUUCGAUAAGAUGAUCCGUCCAUGCCUUUCCACCUCCAUCAAAAGCCCAACAGCAUCUCUCCAAAUCACCCUCCCAAAAGAAUACCAGGACUUCCAAGAGGUCUUUAGUAAAGAGAAGGCUGCCGAGUUACCAAUGCAUCAACCCUGGGAUUGUGCUAUUGACCUCCUUCCUAACACCACACCUCCAAAAAAAUUGCAUUUAUCCUUUAUCUCUCCACCAAAAACAAGCUAUGGAGGAAUAUAUCGAAAAAGCCUUAGCGGCUGGAUACAUUCGCCCCUCUACGUCACCAGCUGCUGCAGGAUUCUUCUUUGUGGAAAAAAAGGACGGAGGUCUUUGACCCUGCAUUGAUUACAGAGGCCUGAAUUCUAUCACAGUUCGGUAUCCCUAUCCACUUCCUCUUGUCUGCUUCACUCAAACAGUUACGAGGAGCCAAGAUCUUCACUAAGCUUGACCUGCGCAGUGCAUAUAAUCUUAUCUGGAUAAGAGAGGGCGACGAAUGGAAGACAGCAUUUCACACAACACAUGGACACUGAGUACAUGGUCAUGCCUUAUGGACUUAUGAACACCACGGCCAUCUUCCAAUCACUCAUUAAUGAAGUAUUCCGAGAUAUGCUAAAUAAAUUCGUCACUGCGUAUAAUGACGACAUUAUUUACUCCACCAACUAUGAACAACACAUCUCUCAUGUUCGUGCUGUCCUUGAACACCUCACUGACCACAGCCUAUACAUCAAACUAGAAAAAUGUGAGUUUCACCGUUCUUCCGUUGCUUUCCUAGGGUACUUAAUCGACAGUGAUCGGCAGGUUAUCCAAGUCAGGUAAGCUAAUCCCCAUGAAGGGUCUACCUACUGCCAUGGAAACUGCUACCGUUAUCUUCCAGGAAGUUUUUCAUCACUAUGGCCUACCUGAGGACAUUGUUUCUGAUCAUGGCCCACAGUUCACCUCCCGUGUGUGGUCAGAGUUUUGUAAAUGUCUAGGAAUCAUUAUCAGCCUCAGCUCUGGGUAUCAUCCCCAGUCUAAUGGACAAGCAGAGAGACUUAAUCAAAGAUUGGAAGAUUUCUAAGAACUUACUGUAGCCGCGAACAGCACUGCUGGAGUGAAUUUCUCCCUUGGGCUGAGUAUGCCCAAAACUCAUUGCGCCACACCUCCACCGGCUUAACUCCCUUCCAGUGUGUGCUGGGCUACCAACCUCCCCUGUUCCCUUGGUCCAGGGAACCCUCAGAUGUGCCCACAGUCAAGGACUGGUCCAGACGUAGCCAAGAGGUAUGGGAGAGAGCCUCCAAAGGGCGAUCCGACAACAGGAAAUUCACUCUAACCGUUGUCGGCGCCCCCAUCCUGCUUACCAAGUGGGGCUGAAAGUAUCGCUCUCUACAAAUAAUCUAAGACUGAAACUCCCGUGUCAUAAGCUGAGCCCCAAGUUUAUUGGCCCGUUCCGAAUCUUACACCAAGUGAACCCUGUUUCUUUCCACCUCGAGCUUCCCCCCAUGUACCGCAUUUCUCCCACCUUCCAUGUCUCUUUACUGAAGCCCAUUCACGAACCUCAGACCUUCAGCCCCACUAUCACCGAACCACCCCCUCCGUUGGACAUUGAUGGUUCUCUAGCUUAUCAGGUAUGCACGAUUCUCGACUCUCGUUGUCGAUGUGGACGCCUUCAAUAUCUGGUGGACUGGGAGGGGUACGGCCCGGAAGAACGCUGCUGGGUCAAUGCUCAGGACAUUCUUGACCCCUCUUUUACGGAAGAAUUCCACCUGAACAUCCUGAACCGACCUGCCCCGUGCCCACGGGGGCGCCCGCAUUGUCAAACACCUGGAGGUGUUCCUAGAGGAGGGGGUUCUGUAACGUCAUAUGCAGAGCCAGAACACCAGAGGGCACCAUCACCCGAAUACUGACUUUCUGGCUAUGACUUUGUUCUUGCUCAGCUAUAUAAACAGCAUGCUGUCUAUUGUUAGCUGCGAAGUAUUGUUCUUUCUAGUAGUUUACGUACCAAGCCUUGCUAUUUGCCUCUGAUUGCUAUUUUCGUGUAUGAUCCUUGCCUGUCUCUUGAUUCUCGGCUUUGUUUUCGUUUUUUUCCUAAUGUUUGAUUUCCCAGUUUUGACCCUUUUGCGCUGCCACAUCGAUACUGAUUCU